CACUUCCAGCGGGCGGUGCCGGGCCCGGUGCCGCCGGUGCGGGCCGGGGGUGGAGGAGGCGGAGCGAGGUCCCGGUCCCGGUUCUGGUCACCGUCCCGGUUCCGAUCCCAGUCCCAGCGCGCCAUGGUGGUGCUGCGGGGCGGCGCGGGCCCCGAGGAGCCGUUCCCGAGGAUCGAGGACUGCCUGCCCCUGCUGGAGGACUCCCCAUCCAAGCGGUUCUCGCCGUCCAAGAGGAAGCAGUACUACAUCAACAAAGCCAUCCGCAACUCCGACCUCAUCCCGAGGGCCAAGGGCCGCAAGAGCCUCCAGAGGCUGGAGAACACUCGCUACCUGAUGACACUUCUGGAGCAGGAUGACUGCGGGAGCGACGAGGGAGAGCUCAGCCACUCGGCCACCCCCAGCAUCUUCACCGAGGCCUGCAACAAUGAGACCUAUGUGGAGAUCUGGAACGACUUCAUGAACCGCUCGGGAGAAGAGCAGGAGCGGGUCCUGCUCUACCUGGAGGAGGAGGCCAGGAAGAAGCACAGGAGGAAGCUGCCUGUCAAGAAUGAAGACAAGUGGAAAGAGCUCCCAGCCUACACCCCCCAGGAGUGCUUCCAGCGCAUCAGCCGCCGCCUGCGCGCCACCCUGAAGCGGGGCCGGAUCCCCAUGGGGACGCUGGAGGGGCUGGAGGAGGAGCUGCUGGCCUUCUUCUCCGUCACCCCCCACUCUGUCUACACUGCACUGAUGGAUAACAGCUUUGAGCGGCUCCUGCUCCACGCGCUCUGCCAGUACAUGGAUCUCGCCUCUGCCAGUUCGGACAUCGAAGGGAAGCGUCAGAUGAAAGUGAGCAACAAACACCGCGUGUUCCUGCCCCCGGAGCUGCUGCUCUCAGACUACCUGGGGCAGAUGAGCUGAUGCCCCCACGGCUGCCCUGCCCCUCCUGUGUCCGCUGCGGCCUCUCCCGGACCUUCCUCGGCCUUUCCCCUGCUCCAGCAGCCGCUCCAGGCCGGGGGUUUGUGGCCGUGCCGUCGGGCGUGCGGGGAGCAGGGCGGGCAGCCUGCCUGGCACGGCUGCGGGUGCCCAGCAGGUGCCUCUCGCCCGCCCCGCUCCCCGCACGGGCCCUCCUGGAACUAUUUGUGUGUCUAUUUAUAACCCAGGUGUUUUUAAAAAUAAUCAGGCGGGGCCAGCCUCCCUGCGGCGCUGACGCUCGUGGGGUGAUUUCGGUCCAGAUUUUUCUGCGGUGAAACAGCUCCCGGCGGCUGCUGAGCAAUCGCUGAGCCGGCGGAAGAGCCCGGGGGCUGCCGCGUUCCCGCAGCCCCGUGCCCACCGGGCGUGCAGGGGGCUCGGGCAGGGCGAGGUGUGCGGGGAGCUCCGGGUACUUUUUACCCCACGCCCUGUGCCCUGCCCGCACCACGGGGCUGUUUUUAAGUGUAAUAUAGCUUGUGUUUUUUUAUCACGUGUGUGUAUAUUUACGUGUGUGUGUGUGUGUGUGUGUGCUGGAGGGGUGCAGCCCCCUUUGGGGCUCGCUCUGCUUUUCCACAGCUGCCGUGGCGGCAGACGAGGCAUUUUGGGGGUCCCUCUGUGCGCCCCCCCCGUGUCGCUGGCAUGUGCCAAGGGUUGCUCGCAGGGCGUGCCCUGGUUGCUCUGUCCCACGAUGACACCGACUGCCCUUAACCGUGGGCACCCCCAGACCCAGGGGAGCCCCUCGCGCCUCCUUCGCCGGUGUCGCUCGGGCACAUUCAGGAACAAUAAAAACGGUGCUCCCCUG